GAAAAGCACCUCUCCUAAUUUAUGUAGGUUCCAUUCCAUCAAACUUUUCCUCAAAGUAAACAACGCCUGAGCGUUUGGUCGGUUAAACCGACAUAACGGAAAGUUUCGGUCUAAACUCGUAACGGGUCAGAAUAUAUAUCGUUAUCGUAUCAUCGUUGUCUUGCCUGCGGGGAGAUCUUGCUCGUCUCGUCGUGGACGCUUACCCGGCGAAGCAAUUCCACAUUCCCUUAAUCCUCUGCCACGGAAGGCAUCUUCAGGCCUCAAUCAAAUCGGCACCAAGCCCCUCGCCCCAGCCCCCCACUCUCCAACCUCUCCGCCUCCAUUCGCCGCCUCCGCUAAGCGCCGCUCCCGCCCUCAAUCCGGUCAUCUGCGAGUCGGAUGAACGGAGAGGCCCACACUGUUCAUAGAGCUUGUGAGUGUUGAUGGGCGCGCAGAAGAGCAUUCAGGCUGGUAAAGCUAAGAUCGAUUUCAAUGUGGACCUCACUCAGAAGCUUUGUGGAGAGCUCUUGUUGCCGCAUAUUAGGCAUUCUAGAAAUCCAUUCUCACAGGUUAUUGCAAGGCUUUCAUUGAAGCACCCGAACCUCUUUGGAGGAAAUGAGAAGUUCGAUAUACUGUGGGACAAAGGCCUGGAUGAUUCAAAUAUUCUUAUUGCAUUCAGGCGUCCAAAGCCCGAUUGGUUGUGUCAACAGUCAUUUACUAUUCAGCAAUCAGUGACUCCUGAGAUUGCAGUUCACGGUUUGCCUGUUGAUCAUUUCUCUCGUUCAGGGAGUGGUGGUGUCAAUCUUUGCCGCUUCUCAUCAGGUGUUGAUUUCAAUGAGCCUUCUACUUCCAAUUGGAGCAACACCACAAGCAUCAAAUUUGAGCAUGUUCGUACUCUCAAUAAUGAGGGUCGCUCCAUAAACAGGGAUCUUGAUGGCUUUCCCAUAACUUCUAGUGGCAGAUCUUAUGAUAAUAUGGUAGUUUUGAAGCAAGAAUCCCAAUACGCUGUUGCCAAUGAUGAUAAAUUUACAAGAUUAAAUUUUCAAAUGGAACAAGGACUACCUCUUUUAUCCAAGUGGCUCGUUUUCAAUCGUUUCAAGUUUGUCGCAUCCAAAGGAUUUAAAUUGGGACCCACUUUUUUGGUCACGAGUCUGACAGGUGGUUCCAUUGUAGGGGACAUGGCACCAUAUCAAGCAUUUGCAAUUGGUGGCGUUGAUAGUGUUCGAGGUUAUGGUGAGGGUGCAGUUGGAUCAGGAAGGUCAUGCCUAGUUGCUAAUGGUGAAUUUACAAUUCCCAUGACCAAGGAAUUAGAAAGUGCCAUCUUCAUGGACUUUGGAACUGACUUGGGCUCUGCUCGUCACGUUCCAGGUAAUCCUGCCCAACGAAAAGGAAAACCUGGCUUUGGACUCGGCCUCGGCUACGGCAUCCGCUUUAACUCGCACUUUGGUCAGUUUCGAGCAGAUUACGCUAUCAAUGCCUUUCAACGGAAGACUGUCUAUUUUGGCAUCAACAAUGUAGGAUCAUGAUGUCUCCGACACAUGCCAUGGCAAACAUUUCUUCAUCCAAAACUGACAGUUUAAGGGCUUGCCAGUGGAUAAUCUUUAGAUAAUUGUGUCAAGCCACAAUGCCAUCGUCGUCAUUUGUGCUUAAAUUGAACUUUUCCUUUGUUGCUGGAUCUUUGAUACUUCAGUCAUAGGGAUUAUUAGUUUUCUCAAAUUUAGUGAGAAAGUUGUUCAUGUCAAAUUCUUCAUGGAGGAAAAGAAAAAGGAAAGCUAUGUCUCAAACAA